GGAGCAGCAGAGCAGGGUUUCACAGGCACACUGCUUUAAAGUGUCUGCCCUUCGCCUGCUGCAUCAAGGGGUGACCCAACACACCUGUCCUUUACCACAUCUUGCGAAAAUGGGCAGACGCGACGAGACACCGUAUCCACCGCCGCCCAUGGGGCAACAGCCAGAGCCCACCUAUCACUUCGAUAACUACGAGAACGGGAAGCCAAAAUGGGCCCCCGACGCAAACAAUCAGAGAGAUUACCACGACUAUCGCGACAGUCGACGGGACCAGCGACGUCCGCGCAGGGAGCGAGAACGGGAGCGAUAUGAUGAUGAUGCCCCUCCCCCUCCCCCUCCUCCAGCAGCAGCUCCACCACCACCAAGAGAAGCCCGACCCCCUCGGCCCCGCCGACGAAGGUCCUACUCGUCAUCAGAUUCAGACUCUCCACCACCGCCACGGCGCGAACCCCGUCGAGAUGACCGCCGCUCCAAACCUCGUCGCGAAGAAACCUACGAUUCCUAUGACGAACACUACCCUCCUCGCCGGCCUCGAGACGAUGGACGUAAGACCCGUGAUGGCUAUAAAUCCGAAGGCUACAAAUCCGAUAAUCGUCAGAGCAAACCUCGUCGGGAUCCGUACGAUGAUGACCGUGACCGAAGAGACAGGCCGCGUGACGACCGAGAUCGAAGAGACAAGUCUCGCGACGGCAGGGACCGACGAGACCGACAUCGCGACAACCGAUAUGACGAACUCUUCGAUAAGCCGCGACGCGACCCACGCUACGAUGACAGAGAUCGCGACAGGCGGGGUCGUCACGACGAUGUCGAUCGCUAUGGCGACCGUCGCAGGAGCGAUGGGAAAGCUCUAGGCAAGGACCAGCCUCUGUGGCAGAAGGAGGCUAUGAACAUGUUCAAGCAGUAUGCAAUGCCGAUCAUCAAGAAGGAGGGUGCCAAGUAUGUGCAGAAGCAGAUGUCUGGUUUUGGUUCGAAGCGCUAGAGGCUGGUUGCUUGCAUAGCGUUUAUUGCGUAGGUCUUUUGGCGCAUUGGUUUGACUUUGCGAUACCUUCACUCUCGGUCUUUUAGGUUUGGUAGUGGAGUUUGGGUUAAUGGUGCUAAGAUAUCCAGAAUACACAAUUUCAGC